AUGUCCUACAGCUACUGCUCUGGAAACAACUCCUCCCACUCCUUUGGGGCAUACCUGCGCUCCCCAAGCUCCUCCUGUCACUCUUCCUUCCCCAGCAACCUGGUCUACCACACUGACCUACGCUCUCCCAGCACCUGCCAGCUGGGCUCCUUCCUCCCCAGUGGCUCUCAGGACACCUUCUGUAAGCCCACCAGCUGCCAGACAUCCCGUGUGGUGUCCAGCCCCUGCCAGACGUCCUACCACCGCCUGAGGACCUCCAUGCUCUCCAGUCCUUGCCAGACGACUCGCUCUGGGUCUGUGGGCAUUGAGUCCAGCAGCUGCCCUUCCCUGGGCUAUGGAUCCAGAAGCUGCUACUCACUGGGCUGUGGAUCCCAGGGCUCCAGAUCCAGGAGUUAUGGAGUCUGUGGCUUCCCUUCUCUGGGCUAUGGAUCCAGAUUCUGGCAUCCAACCUACUUGGCUUCUAGGAGCUGCCAGUCUCCUUGUUACAGGCCAACCUAUAGAUCAGCCUUCUGUAGACCAACUUGUUGAGUUUCCAGACCCUUUGAGCAAAAUAUCUCAGUCUCUACAUAGAGCUCCUAUCAGUAAUGUUAGCUAAACACCUCUCACCUCCAGCUCUUCACCCUUUGUCUGGCAUCAAGUACCAGCUGAUAGACUAGUUUCU